AUGUUGAGAGAACAUUCAGGAAAAGGAGCUGCUCUGGCCAAGAGAGGUGCUUUCUCCUGGAAUGAAACACAAGCCAAACGCAUAUCAGAGGGCCUUCAGGACCUGUUUGGCAACAUCUCUCAGCUUAUUGAUAAAGGAAGACUUGUGGUCUCUCACAAGGAGUGGGGGGCAGAAGCUGUUGGCUGCAGCACUCCACUGACCAGGCCUGUGGAUUUCUUUGUCACGCACCAUGUCCCUGGACUGGAGUGUCACAACCGGACUGCAUGUAGUCAGAGGCUGUGGGAACUCUGGGACCAUCAUGUGCACAACAACAUCUGGUGUGACGUGGCCUACAACUUCCUGGUUGGAGACGAUGGCAGGGUGUAUGAAGGUGUUGGCUGGAACAUCCAAGGCAUGCACACCCAGGGCUACAACCACAUCUCCCUGGGCUUUGCUUUCUUUGGCACCAAGGAAGGCCACAGUCCUAGCCCUGCUGCCCUGUCAGCCAUGGAGGGUCUGAUCUCCUAUGCAAUCCAGAAGGGCCACCUGUCCUCCAUGUAUGUUCAGCCACUUCUUGUGAAAGGUGAAAACUGCCUGGCCCCUCUGCAGAAGGCAAGUCCUAAGAAAGCUUGCUCCAACAUUGUCCCUCGAUCUGCAUGGGAGGCCAGGAAGACGCACUGUCCCAAGAUGAACCUCCCAGCUAAGUAUGUUGUCAUUUUCCACACCGCUGGGAGAACCUGCAUCAUGUCUGAUGAGUGCCACCUGCUGGUCCAAGAUAUCCAGUCCUUCUUCAUAGACAGAUUGAAUUCAUGUGACAUUGGGUAUAACUUCCUUGUGGGGCAGGAUGGUGUCAUUUAUGAAGGAGUGGGCUGGAAUGUCCAAGGCUCUCGUGCUCCUGGCUACAAUGACAUUGCCCUGGGAAUUGCCUUCAUGGGGACCUUCCUGGGUACCCCACCCAAUGCUGCAGCCCUGGAGGCAGCCCAGAACCUGAUCCAGUGUGCAGUGGACAAGGGGUAUUUAACUCCCAACUACCUGCUGGUGGGACACAGUGAUAUUGUCAAUACACUGUCUCCUGGGGAAGCUUUGUACAACAUCAUUAAGACUUGGCCUCAUUUCAAACACUGA